CUUUAAGUCCUCUAUCCCCUUUAAUCCCUUUAUCCCCGAUUAGUUGUCGCGUGGAGGGAACGCCUCAGACAGACACACUUCUUCCGGGUGGGAGGAUAAGAGAUAUAGGUGUUGGAGUUCAGCCAGAAAGCCAUUGAGCAAUGCAACCGCAAAGGUACCCCAAGUAUAUUAUCCUAUAUAGGUUACACCUCGAGGAACUUAUAAAAAAAAAAAGGAAAAUGGCGUGCCUGUUUCAUUUCCCCUCCUCGUCCAGAUUCUCUUGGUUUUAUACACUCAUAGAAACCAGAGACUUAUCAACUUACCAACCUAAUCUUGAUUACCUACUUAAUAAACAAGCAACUUGAGCCAUAGAUAGAUCAUACUCUCACAAUGGCUGGCCCUCUUCCCCCGUCCCUGAAAGAGUCGUUAGAGAAUACCAAGGUCGAGUACCGGCAGCUCGGUAAAAGCGGUCUACGAAUCUCGGUCCCUAUAUUUGGCUGUAUGAGCUUCGGAAAUUCCGAGGCGCAGUCAUGGGCCUUGGACGAAGCAGAGGCUCUCCCUCUUCUCAAAUCCGCCUACGACAAGGGCCUGAACACCUGGGACACCGCGAACGGCUACUCGCAAGGCGCCAGCGAGCGCAUCGUCGGCAAAGCCCUCAAGCACUACGCCAUCCCGCGGGAAAAGGUGGUCAUCAUGACAAAAUGCUUCUUCGCCGUCGGCGAGACCCCCGACGUGACGCACUUCUACCACCGGGACGCCGUCGACAAGUCCAAGGACUACGUGAACCAGCACGGCCUGUCGCGGACCGCCAUCUUCAACUCCGUCGCCGCGUCGCUCCGGCGGCUGGACACGGAGUACAUCGACGUCCUGCAGAUCCACCGCUUCGACUACGCGACGCCGGUCGAGGAGACGAUGCGGGCGCUGCACGACGUGGUGCAGAGCGGCAAGGUGCGGUACCUCGGCGCGAGCAGCAUGUGGGGCGUCAACUUCGCGCGGCUGCAGUUCGCGGCCGAGCGGGGCGGCUGGACCAAGUUCGUCUCGAUGCAGAACCAGUACAACCUGCUGUACCGCGAGGAGGAGCGCGAGAUGAACCGCUUCUGCCGCGACACCGGCGUCGGCCUGGUCCCGUGGGCCCCCCUGUGCCGGGGCCACCUGGCGCGCCGGCCCGAGGCCUUCGGCACCACGGAGCGCAGCCGCCUCGAGCAGAGCGCGGCUGCGCCGGGGUCCCACGGCACGGCGGAGCCGGACCUGGCCAUCAUCCGCCGCGUGCAGGAGGUCGCGGAGAAGAAGGGGUGGCCGAUGAGCCACGUCGCGCUCGCGUGGAUCAACAAGAGGGUCGCGAGCCCGAUUGUGGGGUUCUCGAGCGUCGCGCGCCUGGAUGAGGCGAUUGCGGCGACGGGGAAGACGCUGACGGAGGAGGAGGAGAGGUAUCUGGAGGAGCUGUAUCUGCCGAAGGCGAUUCAUGGGCAUUUGUAGGUGCCUGAUGAUGAUGAUGAUGGGGGUGGUGGGCCUGGAACAUGUAUGUCAUGUCUACCUGUGAAGAAUAGGGGGGUCACAUCAUGACCAAGAUUAGGUAAAUACGUACCUAAAAGGGGCUAACCUACAUGUAGGUGCUAGCACAAGUAGGUACUUAUAUCAACUUCACUCAGAGUUUAGGUAUCAGGAUUAUUAGGUAGGUCUCAGGAAUAAAGAAGCAAACAAACGGCCAACCAAAGAGGCAUGUCUCAUAAAAAAAAUUGCGAUGCUUAGGAAACUUUCUUCGUCAUUCGACUUCUUAAAGAAAUCGACUCUGCAAUAUACCGAGAUAUAUAGAUAGAUAAGAAUGAAUCUGGAAGAUGCCCACCUAGCCUAGGAUAGUGUUUACCUAGUCACAAUAUACCAGCAAUGUUAGUCAGGCAAACAACAAUGUUUCUGCUACCUACCUGCCGUAGCUUGCACUGGACCUUCUCAAAGGCUGAUUAGGUAGUAUACAAACAAAGGUGUUUUACAACCCGCAAACUUUAGAACUUGAAAUACUAAGGGGCUGUUCAGUGAUAUUCUUUAUAAGCCUAGGGUCCUGGUAGUCAUCUUGAGCAACAUUGAAUCAACAAAGCCCCUAUUCUACGAGCCUUGGAACAUAG